GGGCUCUGCUUGUGAUUACUUUACUGUUUUGUUGUUUGGUUUUCGGCCUCAUCUUCGUCCUCCAUAACAAUCACUCACAGUGGAGAGUUAAGGGGUUAUGGAUUAUAAGCUUUCUGGGUCUUCGUCUUACCAGGAGUCCCUCAAGGUUUUGGAGGCAGAUAUGCAGCACGCCAAUGUGCUUUUGCAUAAUGUUUGCAGGGCAGCUUCUAUUUCAAAAGCCAAGGGUGGUACUUGUCUUCAAAUGAAGUUGGUUUGCAAGCAUUUGGCACCCAUCUUUCUAUUUUUGUUCCAGUGGAUGGAUUGCUCAUGCACAUGUCUACUUCCUAGUUUUUUAAACCUCUUCCACAUAAGAGUGUACAAGGUAUGCCCAAAUGGGAGACCUACUGCCUCAUCACAUGGAAGGAAAGCAACAAUAAGGGAAUUCUAUGCUGUGAUAUUACCAUCUCUUCAGCGUCUCCAUGGUAACUCAUCAAUGCUCGAUAAAACUCAAGAGGAAGAUCACUGCCUUGAGCUUGCUGCCAAGAAGAGACUACAGGAAAAGAAGAAGCUUUCAGAUGUGGAUUUGGAGAGGGAAGAUGAAUGUGGCAUCUGCAUGGAGCCCGGCACCAAGAUAGUGUUGCCUAAUUGUUGUCAUGCAAUGUGCAUCAACUGCUACCAUGACUGGAACAUGAGGUCGGAAUCAUGCCCAUUUUGUAGGGGCAGUCUAAAGAAAGUAAAUUCUGGGGACUUGUGGGUUCUCCCCUGCAGGAGUGAUGUGGUUGACAUGGAAACUGUAUCAAAGGAAGACAUUUUACGCUUUUUUCUCUAUAUAAACAGCCUACCUAAAGAUAUUCCUGAUGCUCUUUUUCUAAUGUAUUAUGAAUACUUGAUCUGAUCUAGGGAAGAUGGAGCAAUGAUGUACAGAAAGAGGGAAAUGCCAGCCAUUGAUGUAAAUUGAGUGGGUAAGGUUUUCACCUUGAGUUUCUGAGUUACAUUCUGCAUGAUAUUUUUGCAGAAUGAUGUAUAUGCUUGGUAUAAGAGACCAAAUAAGUAAUAAUAUGAUCCUUAUUUUUAUACCAA